UGGUUGUUGUGUGAACCAUUUCUAUGUACACUGGUAAUAUUUAGCAUAUCAGCGGUUACGUAAACAGCCCAAUGCAUAAAUUUGUGCACAUAUUGAAGUUCUCAUUCCAUUUGAUGAGGCAUGUGGACGGCUGUAAUGAUUAACAGCGCUGGUGAAUGUGUCUUAUUUAGACGUUCCUCGCAUCCCUUUCAACAUUCAGGAGCCCGUCGACUCUGGAAGAGGAGCAAAAUGAAGUUUGACAACAUACUGUCAGAAAUAAAUGGAUUCGGAAAGUUCCAGGUCAGGCUGGUGCUGCUGCAGCUGCUCUCUCGGCUCUCGAUGCCGUGCCACUUCCUGCUGAACAACUUCAUGGCGGCCGUUCCCUCGCACCACUGUGACCUCAGCGCUCUGGACGAUGGGGACGUCUUCGCCAAUCUGACCCGCGACCAGCAACUGGCCGUCGGCGUGCCGGCUGGCGAGGACGGCGUCCUGAGCUCUUGCCAGAUGUUCCAUGAGCCCCAGUACCAACAUCUGUCGGGCGCCAACGGCACGAACCACACAUUCGUGGUCGAGUGUCAGAACGGGUGGGUGUACGACAACAGCACCUUCAGAUCCACCGUGGUCACAGAGUGGGAUCUGGUGUGCAGCAGGAAGGGGAUGAGCAAGGCCACAGCCACCGUUUUCUUCAUUGGAGUUAUGUUUGGAGCUCCGUUAUUCGGCUUUCUCAGUGACAGGUACGGACGGCGCCCUCUGCUGCUGGUGUCCUACAUCACAACCAUGGUGUUUGCAGUGAUCAGCGCCUUCUCCACGUCCUACGUGAUGUUUGCCAUCCUCAGGUUCUUCACAGGGCUGUCACUCGCAGGACUGAGCAUCAUCUCCAUCGUUCUCAAUGUCGAGUGGUUCGGCGUUGAAUAUCGGACGUUCUCCGGUAUAAUCAUAGGCCUGGACUGGACUCUGGGGAACUUGCUGCUGGUCGGCAUUGCCUACUGUGUAAAUGAGUGGAGGAUGCUCAUUCUGGCGGCGUCCUCGCCCCUCAUACUGGCCAUACUUUGCUGGAAGUGGCUUCCAGAGUCGGCGAGGUGGCUCCUGGCCAAUGGGAAGGCAGACGCCGCUCAUCAUUACAUAAAGAUGUGUGCAGAGAUGAACAACAGGAGCAAGUUUAUGGACGGCAUCACACCAAAGGCGUUACUGGACUCUGCAGAAGAGGAAACCAAAGAUAAGAAGUACACCUGCCUAGAUCUAUUCAAGACCUCAAAUAUCAGGAGACUUGCUAUAUGCUCAGGUGUAGUGUGGUAUGGAGUUGCAUUUACUUAUUAUGGGAUCAGUCUUAACAUUAGUGGGUUUGGAGUGAAUCCGUACCUCACUCAGUUUAUUUUUGGAUCCAUUGAAAUUCCCAUGAAGAUUGGGACCUACUUCUUCGUAGAGAAGGUUGGCCGGAGGCCUGGCGAAGUGUUGACCUUGCUGUUGACCGGACUCUGUCUCUUCAUCAACAUGUUUGUUGCACAAGACCAGUGGGUGACUCGCACCAUCGUGGCCGUCCUGGGAAAAGCCAUGUCAGAAGCCGCCUUCACCAUCAUGUAUCUGUACACAACUGAACUCUAUCCUACGGUCGUACGGCAGAAUGGCCUCGGCUACACGGCGUUCAUGGCCCGGCUGGGCGUGUCCAUAUCCCCCCUCGUCCUGCUGCUGGAGGACGCCUGGCGUCUCCUCCCUGCAGCCACUUAUUGCGCGGUGGCGGUCGGGUCGGGGGUCGUGGCCUCGCUGCUGCCGGAAACGCUCAACACCUGUCUGCCAGAGUUCAUCGAAGACAUCGAGAAGCGAAGCGCCUUCCCCGACAUGAAGUUCGAGAACGUGCUGGCGGAGGUGAACGGCUUCGGGAGGUUCCAGCUGAGAGCGGUGCUGUUGGUGGUCGUCGCCCGCGUCACGCUGCCGUUCCACUUCCUGCUCAAUAACUUCAUCGCGUUCAUCCCCGCGCACCACUGCGACCUCCACUCCCUGGACGACGGGGGCGCUUUUAGCAACUUAUCGGCGGCGGAGAGGCUGGCGGUCGGCGUUCCACGCCGGCAGGACGGGGCGCCGGACUCCUGCAGGAUGUUCACAGAACCCCGGUACCGUCUGCUGGUCAACGCCUCCAACGCCACGGGCCUGGGCUCGGUGCCGUGCCAGGGCGGCUGGGUGUACGACGGCUCCGUGGUCAGGUCCAGUCUGGCCACAGAGUGGGAUCUGGUCUGUGAUAAGAAAAACAUGAACCGAGCCGUCGCCAGCAUCUUCUUCACUGGGGUCAUGCUGGGAGCUGCCGUGUUCGGCUACCUCAGCGACAGGUUCGGCCGGAAAACGACGCUGCUCGUCUGCUACGUCACCACCGCCCUGUUCGGGUUCGCCAGCGCUCUCUCGCCCUCGCUUACCGUGUUCACCGUCAUGAGGUUCUUCACUGGGAUGGGCCUUUCCGGAAUAAGCAUAAUCACAUACACCCUUUGCAUCGAAUGGGUGGACAUCAAGCGGCGGACGGCUCUGAGCAUCUUCAUGAGCAUGGACUGGAGUCUGGGCGUGUGCCUGCUGCCCGUGGCCGCCUACUUCGUCAACGACUGGAGGUCUCUGACCGCCGUGGUCACCGCCCCGCUGCUGCCGGCAAUCAUCGCCUGGUGGUGGCUGCCCGAGUCGGCCAGGUGGUUGCUAAGCAACGGGAGGCUCGGCAGGGCUCACUUUCACCUGAAUGAAUGUGCGGUGGUCAACGGGCGACAGCAGUCCAUGGCCGACCUCAAGCCCGAGAUUCUCUCUAAAAUCACGCUCAUUGAAAAUGAAAACAGGAAAUAUUCCUACUUGGACCUCGUGAGGACUCCGAGGAUGAGGACGCUGGCCCUGCGCUGCGGCAUCGUGUGGUUCGGAGUGGCCUGCGCUUAUUACGGCAUCAGUCUGAGCAUCGACGGCUUCGGCGUGAGCCUGCACCUCACGCAGUUCAUCUACGGCGUGACUGAGCUCCCGGCAAAGCUGCUGGUCUUCCUCGCCCUGGAACGACUGGGUCGGAGGCUGAGUCAGAGCGGGAGCCUUUUUCUGACGGGACUCUGUGUUUUCUGCAACAUGUUCAUCCCUCAAGAAAUGGGGCUGUGUCGAACCAUCAUUGGAGGCCUGGGAAAGAUGUUUUCAGAGGCAUCCUUCACUACGGUGUAUCUGUACACAUUGGAGCUGUACCCCACAGUAAUGAGGCAGAAUGGACUGGGCUACUGCUCCUUUCUAGCGCGCAUUGGCGUCUCCAUUUGCCCCCUGAUCAUGCUGCUGGAGGACGUCUGGGAGGCGCUGCCCGGCCUGCUCUUCUCUCUGUUCACACUCCUUUCAGGGUUCUCCGCUUCCCUCCUCCCCGAGACCCGGAAUAUUCGCCUGCCCGAGACCAUUGAGGAAGUGGAGCAGACGAGGAGACGAUCGAUCUCCACGUCGGAUUGAUCAUCGCUGCACUCUCAGUCUGACGCUCUGAAGAAAAGCAAACAUUUAUUGUAGCUGCUUAACUUGUCUCAUUGCUUCAAUUACGUGAGCAAUAAUGUGAACGCUGGUGUUUAUGACUGUUUUUACUGCUGUGGACAACUUAGUAGUGAGUUUACGGGUUUUCCGCUGCAAAUAGUGAGAAGCAGUUAGGACUAAAACAAGAAGCUGAGGCGCUUGUUUGGUUGAGGCUGUCACGAUUCAGCAUCAGGUUCCUGUUUUGUCUAGUUUCCUGUUUUAUUUUGUCAACUUCCAGUUUAGUUCCUGUGUCUUGUUCUGCAUAGCUUUACUUACUUACUUACUUACUUUAUUUACUGGCAGUCAUGUGAUGUUCUCAGCUGUUUCCCAUUACUCAUCACGUCUGGUACUUACUGUAAGCAUCCUCUCUUACCAUACUGUUGCCAGAUUGUUGGCUGAUGGUCAUCGUUCAUGGUCCCGUUCAUGGACUCUGCCUUUCCUGUCGCCUUUGGAUCCUGUUGCUGUGCUUUCGACCUCUGCCUGAUCCUGACUGCUAGUUGUUAGUGAUGGCCAAAUGAAGCUUUUCUGAAGCACUGAAGCUUGUAUUGAAAAAGGGUUCAUUACUCGAAGCUUUUCAACACAGUGUCUUUAGUGACAUCUGGUGGCCAACAAAAUGAAUUGCAGCUUGAAGUAAUUGUAAUGAACCCGCUGCAUUAUGGUUUCAAACUCAAGUUGACGCCUUCUUAUUAAUACCAUUUGACAUUUUCGUUUGAUGGCAUUGUGAUGCUUUGAGCAAAAUACACUUAUCUGAUUGUAAUUAAAUAAACUUUCCUUGUG